CAGCCCUGGCACUCUGUAAUGCCAUGAAUAAUUAUCUUAACCUAAAAAUAUGGUUUCUCCCACCCAUAAAAACCAGUAAAUCCUUCAAAUUCGUUACCUGGAGGAACUCAUUUAACGACAUAGUAAUGGGUAUUUUAUCUCUUUGAAGUAUAGAAGAAGGGAAAGUAGCUGAGGAGACAAAAGAAGAAGAAAGAAAGAAAAAGAAAAGGAAAGAAGGGAGAAAGGUAAUCUGACAUCUGAAAGAUUUUGAAGAGGAAACAUUUCAAAGAAGCAGAGGCUAUAAAAGAAGAAAUCACGGACUCUGUGUGGAUGGCGUGCCAAUCCAUCCCUCACUGAGGCCAUGAGAUCUUGUAACCCCUUGGGUGUUUCCAUGUUCUCCAGCGCAAACUCUCCCACUUCAUUUGGUGCCAUGGGAAAAACCUGAAGGACAGGAAGAAUUGCUCCCGACCUUGUGGCUUUUUCCAGGACUGCAGUGGCUCCUACAGAACAUGACAGUUGGAGAUCAGUCAUGUUGUCUUUCGGAGUCGAACCAAAGAACGCACUUCCUCAUUCUCAGGUGUUGUGACGCCUGCUUAUUUUUAUAUUUGUGUCUGUUGCUUGUGCCUUUUGACCAUCUUAUGUGAUCACGAGACGUUCUUGAAGUUUUCCAGCACGACUUGCAGGCAUCCGGACUCCUCGGGGACUCACCCAUGGCUUGGUGGGCCUGCAGUCCAAGGGCAUUACCAUGAGGCACUGCCUUCAUUGCUGCAUCCAGCUGUCGUCGUCUGACGACGCAUACACACAGAAGGUCGGCUGCCAAGGAGGCCCCCGUCACGGUCGCCAGGAGUGCCCCGCGUGCAAAGGAGAAAACAAAAUUGUGUUUCGAGUGGACGGUAAGCAGAUGAACUUGCUUGCCGUUCUCGAAGUGAGGGCUGAAGGGAAUGAGAGCUGGGGUGGGUUUUUGCGCUUCAAGAAGGGGAAGCGAUGCGGCCUCGUUUUUGGAUUGGUAAUAAUGACGUUGGUGAUGGCUUCUUACAUCCUUUCCGGGGUCCACCAAGAGCUUCUGAUCUCCUCGCCUUUCCAUUACGGAGCCUUCCCCAGCAAUCCCAGCUUGAUGGAUGGUGAAAAUCCGAGUGACACAAAAGAGCACCAUCACCAGCCCUCUGUAAAUAAUAUUUCAUACGUGAAGGAUUAUCCAAGCAUUAAAUUAAUCAUCGACAGCAUCACAGCCAGGAUUGAGUUCACGACCAGACAGCUGCCAGAUGCAGAAGAUCUCAAGAAGCAGGAAUUGCACAUGUUCUCAGUCAUCCCGCACAAGUUCCUCCCCAACAGCAAGAGCCCCUGCUGGUACGAGGAGUUCACGGGCAGGAACACUACCGACCCCUACCUGACCAACUCCUACGUGCUCUACUCCAAGCGCUUCCGCUCCACCUUCGACGCCCUGCGCAAGGCCUUCUGGGGCCACCUGUCCCACGCGCACGGCAAGCACUUCCGCCUGCGCUGCCUGCCGCACUUCUACAUCAUCGGGCAGCCCAAGUGCGGCACCACCGACCUCUACGACCGCCUGCGGCUGCACCCGGAAGUAAAGUUCUCCGCCAUCAAGGAGCCGCACUGGUGGACCCGGAAGCGCUUCGGAAUCGUCCGCCUGAGAGAUGGGCUGCGGGACCGCUAUCCUGUGGAAGAUUAUCUGGACCUCUUUGACUUGGCUGCACACCAGAUUCAUCAAGGACUGCAGGCCAGCUCUGCGAAGGAGCAGAGCAAGAGGAAUAGAAUCAGUAUUGGGGAGGCCAGUGCCUCCACCAUGUGGGAUAACAAUGCCUGGAUGUUCUUCUACGACAACAGCACGGGUGGUGAGCCCCCCUUCCUGACCCAGGACUUCAUCCACGCCUUCCAGCCGGAUGCAAAACUGAUUGUCAUGCUCAGGGACCCCGUGGAGAGGUUGUACUCAGACUAUCUCUACUUUGCAAGUUCCAAUAAAUCCGCAGAUGACUUCCAUGAAAAAGUGACAGAAGCUCUGCAGCUGUUUGAAAACUGCAUUCUGGAUUAUUCACUGCGCGCCUGCGUCUACAACAACAGCCUCAACAAUGCCAUGCCCGUGAGGCUCCAGGUUGGGCUGUAUGCCGUGUACCUUCUGGACUGGCUCACAGUCUUUAAUAAAGAACAGUUCCUCAUUCUCCGCCUGGAAGACCACGCCUCCAAUGUCAAGUACACCAUGUACAGGGUCUUCCAGUUUCUCAACCUCGGGCCCUUAAGUGAGAAACAAGAGGCCUUGAUGACCAAGAGCCCCGCGUCCAACGCGAGGCGUCCUGAGGACCGCAACCUGGGGCCCAUGUGGCCGGUCACACAGAGGCUCCUGCGGGACUUCUACGGGCCUUUCAACGCCCGGCUGGCGCAGGUCCUUGCCGACGAGGCCUUCCUGUGGAAGAAGACGUGAGGCUGGGUUCCUGCUGCCGGCUCGGGCUGCGCUUUCCAUGAUUUCCACGGUUUGAAAAUCUCUCUUGGUGGGGAACCCUUUUGCUCAGAGGCUGGAGGAUACCCCUCCCCAGGCCCGUGUUUAUGGAAACCAGUUCAGAAUUUCCUCUGUGCUGCUAAACAGCCCGGCAGUGGACCCUUCAUCGAGCCUCAGAUGGAGGCUGUUGGAAAUUCUACUUGGGAAAGGGUUGCCUUCUGCUCCAAGAGUUGCCGGGCUCCGGAUGAGGCCGGUGGGCGCUGGGCUGGGUAUCGGGAGGGAAGCGCAGAGUCUGGGCUUUGAUGAUUCUGAGAUCUGCUGGACGUCCCACCUCGGGGCUGGCCAGAACGUACACUACACAUUCAGCUGUGAAACCCUCUGUUUAGAUCACUAACCUGACUUUGGCAGAGAAUAGAGUCUCUUUCAUUUUUUUUCCCUUUUACCCCAAAGUCAGCUCUCCUUCCAUCUCUUCAGAUAUAAACCCUGUUAACGUCACUCUUUACGAGAAAAAAGACACAAGUUGCUUUUCGGUAGCAUAUCUGUGUCUCGGACCUCUUCCCCUUCUGUCCUUGUGGACUUCUGUUUAACGGAAGAGGAGAGCAUUUAAAACAAAGCACUUCCUGCAUUUCAUUGGCUGGAGCUUUCUUUUCUGCCCAUUUAGAUGUUUUCUCAAGAGUUUUUUCAGUUUCUAAUUGGAAUAUAAAUUCAGUUUAAAAUCGGAAGGGACAUUUUUGCUGUUAAUGGCAGACUGAACACCUAUAAGAAAUUGAUGGAAAUUCUGGGCAUCUUGGCCCUCGCCGUGCACCUGAAGUCCUCAGAGAACUGCGGCCAUUUGAGGUUUUAGUUCUGGAUGCAACAGGCUCCGUUGCUCUGCCUUCCUCCCAAGUGAACUUGGUGCCACGUCCUCUGCCGUGUGUGGCCAGAGGUCCUUCCUCACUCAACAAACUGCAGGAUGCUUUUUCCUGAUACAGAAACACAGCGCAUGAACUACACUUGAGCUGGACGUGCUGUGCUGGGAUUUAGGACGAGAAUGCCAGGAGCUGUGUCCUUGACAGAACUUUCUGGGCCACUUGGCAGCUUGCUUACUAUCAGAUGGGCUGAAGGUCUUGCCGUUCCUUGGAGGUGAGGGGAACAGUUGAACACAGCCCUUGCACACAGCUCCAGGUGGGACUCUAACCAGACUUUGCAUGUGGUCGUCAAGGGAAGCUUCUGCGAAUCAGAGCUCUCCGGGUCGAGGUCCCGGAUGCACACCAGACAGAAAGUGCAAAUGCCUGCAUGCCCAGCCGCCCACGUGGGGGUGAGGAUUUGCUGAGCUGUCCAGCCCUAGCGCCAUCGGAGGUGGGCUGCUCGGUCCAUUUGAAGGCCUGCGGAGGGCUCGCCCUGGCACAGCCAGGCUGUUCUGCUGUGAAGGAGCUGUGGUCCUGAACACGCACUUUCAGGGACAGGCCCCCCUUCCUCUCCCCGUGGCACUCAGCACAGUAGCCAGUGGGCAGACCUGGCCUGAGCACCAGGUGCUGUAGGGAGACAUCACUUGCGUGUGCGUGUGUAUUUAUUUGCAGUACAGGUGCGGUGUGUGUGGGUGUGUGUGCGCAUUUCUGAGUGGGUUCCCUUCGGUUCUGUUGCGGAUCAGCCUCCUCCGCUCUGGACACACCCCUCCAUGGACUGAUUCCUCUUUCAGUUCGAUUGUCACUUUGAGCCCAUAUUUUGCUCUUCGGCCCGGCUGUAAUUACAAGGACUUUUCUUACUCACGCCUGUGCAUGUGAACAACAUGUAGCGUGACUCUGCUUCUCACAGAAGUAUCACUGAAAGUCUUAUUUCCAAUAUUAUUUGGUUUAUUAUACAAAUCUUUUUAUAGAUGCGGGCCCAUCCCUCAGUGCCGAUCAGCGCCGUGCAGACCCGGUUCCUCCAGGGGCCUUUCUCCUAAGGGCUGUCUGUCUGCCACCUUUGCUUUCCUCUGCUCUCUCUUGCCCGAGGCCCCACUCUUGGUGACAUCAUGGCUGCCGUUUCGAGCGGUGGUCCUCGGGCCUGUCAUCGCAAACCAAAGCAAGGUGGAGCAUCUCUCACGGCCUGGUCUGGAAGUUCCUUUGUGUCCCCAAAGCGGUGCAUCAGGUUGUAUUAAAUUGUACUCCCUUAGCUGCGUAAGGUAUGUUAAUAAGCCACAGUUAUGAUGUACUUGUAUUAAUAUUGAACAUAAUUAAAUGUGGACCCCUGCGACUGGGACCCCGGGGUGCACGC